AUGGCACCUGCUUCCGCGCGGCGUCGCUCUGAGAGCGUCGAUGAGCUGCUGCCGAAGCAAUACCUGCCGCUGCCAGAUGCUGCUGCAUAUGUAGCAGCAGGUGAGACUCCUGCUGCUGCUGCUGCUGCAGCAGCUGCUGCUGCUGCAGAUGCAGCAGCAGCAGCAGCAGCAGCAAAGCAUCUUCCGGGAGAUGAGGAGGAAGAGCUGAUGCAAAAGGCAGCAGAGGCCUAUUUGCUGUCUGUACACCUCGAAGCCAAAACCCUCCCGCAGUAUGUUGCUGCUGCUGCUGCACCCAGCAGCAGCAGCAGCAGCAACAGCAGCAGCAAAAGACAGGAGCAGCAGCUGAAGACUUCAGCUGACGAGGCUGCGCCAAAAGGCGCCUCACGUGUGUCAGCAAAGAGCAACAAAUGCAGCAGCAGCAGCAGCAGCAGCAGCAGCAGCAGCAGCGCGGGUUACGUCCAGCGGAUGCUGCGACUGCAGCAGCAGCAGCAGCAGCAGCAGCAGCAUCCGCCUCUUCCCGCUUGGGAGUCUGAGGCCCUGGACUUCUUCAAGAGGAUUCGCGCCUGGCUUCAGGAGCAGCGGGAGCUGCACGAGCAGCAGCAGCAGCAGCAACAGCAGCAGCAGCAGCAGCAGCAGCAGCAGCAGCAGCAGCAGCAGCUAUAUACGCGUUGCCGCGAAUGGGGGGAAACAGAGUGGCGAUUAUACUGCCGGCGAUUUGCCCCCUCGCUGCAGCUGCUGCUGCACCUCGAUGUCUGCUGCUGCUGCUUCCUGCUGCAGCUGCUGCUGCGCGACUUGGACGUGCAGCUGCAGCAGCACAGACACAAACAGCAGCAGCAGCAGCAGCAGCAGCAGCAACAGCAACCAGCUGCAGCAGCAAAUGGGGCAGCAGCAGACGCAGCAGCAGCAGAUGAAAAAGCAGCGCCGGGUGAAGCAGCAGGAGCAACACCAGCAGCAGCAGCAGCAGCAGCAGCAGCAGCAGCAGCAGCAGCAACAGCAGCAGAUGCAAAAGACACCUGCUGCUCUUUUGCUGGAAGCGCUACUUCUUUGCCUCAGCUGUUUUGGUUGUUUUUCGUUCUCACUGCGCUAGACGAACUGGAGGCUAUGCGUUGCGAAGUUUCUUAUAUGCUGCAGCAGCUGCGGCGGCGCUGCCUGCGGCUGCGCAGCAUGCUGGUGCAGCUGCUGGGGUGUACGGACACUUCAGAUCAGCAGCAGCAGCAGCAGCAGCAGCAGCUGCUGCUGCUGCUGCAUAGACCCUUGCCGUUUCAAAUGAGCUGCAGCAGCAGCAGCAGCAGCAGCAACACUGACAACAGCAGUGGCAACUGCCAUAGAAGCGCCGAAGGCGACUCUUCGGGCGCUGCUUCGCAGCAGCAGCAGCAGCAGCAGCAGCAACAGCAGCAGCAGCAGCAACAGCAGCAGCAGCAGCAGCAGCAGGCUGUGACUCCAAGGGAGACAGCCCUGCGUCACCAGCUAGCUGCUGUUGAUGUGCUGCUGGUAAUUAUUGUCAACUUUUUUGGCCAAAAAUAA